UUACCAAUGAAAAAAAGCAACGAGUUCACUUCCUUGUCAAAUGUAUAAUCAUCAAUUGAGGUUAUUAUACAAACAUUGGUAAACUUAUCUCAAAUUUCUUUUUAGGUGUUUAUCCAUCGGAGUGUUUUGUUAGACUGAGUCUUGCAGACAAACAUUACGAUGGCCAAGUUAAAUAGAGAACGUAAACGCAAAUCGGCGAUUAACGAAGUGGUAACCCGUGUGUACACCAUUAAUAUGCACAAGAGAUUGUUAAAUAUUGGUUAUAAAAAGAGAGCGCCUCGUGCUAUUAAAGAAAUCAGAAAGUUUGCAUCGCAACAAAUGGGUACUCAAGAUGUCCGUAUAGAUACUAGGCUGAAUAAAUUUGUCUGGUCUAAGGGUAUAAGGAGUGUGCCAUUCCGUAUUCGUGUACAAUUAGCAAGGAGACGAAAUGAUGAUGAAGAUUCACCUCAUAAAUUGUAUACUCUUGUUACGUGGGUUAAUGUACCAACAUUUAAAAAGUUAGGUACAGAAAAUGUUGAUGGAAGUGAAGAAUAAAUUUAAUAACAUUUUGUCUUUGAUAAUAAAUAAGUAUAAAAUGAUAAA